UUCAACAAUGAUAAUAAUAACACUUAUUCCCUUUUUCUUAUUUUUUCUUAAUAAUCAUCAGAAAUGUUUAAACAAUUGUAGAUUUAAUAGAGGCAGAUGUAUAAUAACAACAAUAAUAGUUAGUACAUACAAGUAGUGGGGCAGCAUACAUAAUACAUAUUUACAAGCCAGCUUUGCCAUAUCUACCAUUUGUAAUACUAGUAAAGAACAAAUGGGUUUUGUUUUUCUGGCAUUUCUGCAAUGCUGAAAAAGGAAAAGGAGUAACCUUUACUCAGUUCUCUCCCAAAUCCAAACCCAGAAAAAAGACUACAUUUUUUUCAGUUGGUAACUAUUUACAUCUUGUAUCUACUUUGAAUCUACAGUCUUUCUUUCAAAAGUUGCAUCUUUUCUUCUUCUUUCUUUAUAUUGGGUACCUUUUGCUGCCUUCUUAAGUUUUAUCUUUAGAUAUGUUUAUGGCUUUUUUUCUUUUUUGCUUUUGUGUUUGGUCAUGAUCCUUUCAAUUCCUUUUUGACCCACAUUUUAGUAUUAGUAUCAAAUCUACUGUUCCCUUUCUUCCCCUUGUGACCCACAUUGCCAUCAGCAUCAAAUCCACAGUUUCUCUUCUCAAAACUUUCCUGGCUUAUUUUGGAGUCUUCCCAUUUAACCCUCCCUACAUAUUUUUCAUUUAAUACAAGAAAACAGCAAAAAAUAAUUUCUUUUUGAAUACUUCCUAGUACUUGUCCUUGUAAAGUUUUUAGCUUGGGAUGCCUUGUAAGUGUCUUCUGUGACUAGUUAGUACACUGUUAUUGGGAUUUUAGAUUUUUGGAUUCUGGGUUGUGAUUGAUUUGCAUAAAUCUGAGUAUAUCUGAACUAGUUUGAAUAAAUGUUCUUGGUUGACUUGGCUAAAUCUAUGCAAUUUUCAUUUAGAUUUACUUGUCAUUCCAUCUGUGUUUAGCUCACCACCUUGGCACUAGAGGGAUUGCUUCAAGGCUUCUUCUUUUCCCAUCAAUUUUUUGUUAUUUCACUCAAUAAUCAUGCAAGAGCAAGAAACCAUGGAUGAGAUGUUUGUUCCAUUUAGAGGAAUCAAGAAUGAUCUUAGAGGUCGGUUGAUGUGUUACAAACAAGACUGGACUAGUGGUCUCAGGGCAGGUUUCAGGAUUUUGGCCCCAACUACAUAUAUCUUUUUUGCAUCAGCAAUUCCAGUCAUUUCAUUUGGAGAACAACUAGACAGAAACACUGAGGGUGUUCUCACAGCAGUUCAAACAUUAGCAUCAACUGCUAUAUGUGGAAUUAUCCACUCUAUAAUUGGUGGACAGCCUUUGUUGAUUCUUGGAGUUGCUGAGCCAACUGUGAUUAUGUACACAUUUAUGUUCAAUUUCGCGAAAAACAUACCAGAUUUGGGACCAGAACUCUUUUUAGCUUGGUCAGGAUGGGUAUGUGUGUGGACAGCUUCAUUGCUGUUCCUUUUGGCUGCACUAGGGGCUUGUUCUCUAAUAAAUAGGUUCACUCGUCUCGCGGGCGAAUUGUUUGGCUUUCUUAUUGCAUUACUCUUUAUGCAGGAAGCAAUCAAGGGAGUUGUUGGCGAGUUUUACAUCCCCGAAAGGGAAAACCCGAAUUCUAUCGAGUAUCAACCUUCAUGGAGAUUUGCAAAUGGGAUGUUUGCUUUGGUUUUAUCAUUUGGCCUUCUACUCACUGCACUAAAGAGCAGAAAAGCAAGGUCUUGGCGGUAUGGAUCUGGUUGGAUGCGAGGCUUCAUAGCAGAUUAUGGUGUGCCUUUCAUGGUUUUGGUGUGGACAGCUGUGUCUUAUGCACCAGGCAAAAGCGUUCCAAAGGAAAUCCCUAGGCGCCUCUUUAGUCCAAAUCCAUGGUCGCCUGGUGCUUAUCAGAAUUGGACUGUCAUGACGGAAAUGCUACAAGUGCCGAUUCUUUAUAUAAUUGGAGCAAUUAUUCCAGCAACAAUGAUUGCAGUGCUGUAUUAUUUUGAUCACAGUGUAGCUUCACAACUUGCUCAACAGAAAGAAUUCAAUUUGAGAAAACCACCUUCAUACCAUUAUGAUUUACUUCUAUUGGGUUUCAUGGUCAUAAUAUGUGGUCUCCUUGGUAUUCCUCCUUCCAAUGGAGUAAUUCCACAAUCUCCUAUGCACACGAAAAGUCUAGCCACACUUAAGCAACAGUUGCUUCGCAGUCGAUUAGUAGCUGCGGCCAAGAAAUGUAUGAGUAAAGAUGUAAGCUUGGGGCAAGUGUAUGGAAGCAUGCAAGAAGCAUAUCAGCAGAUGCAGAGCCCACUUCACCACGAAGCUUCAGCUACGGGAUUAAAAGAAUUUAAAGACACAACAAUUCAAGCAGCUUCAAGCACGGGCACUGUAGAUGCUCCAGUCGAUGAGACAAUGUUUGAUAUUGAAAAGGAAAUUGAUGAUUUAUUGCCAGUCGAGGUGAAAGAACAGCGUGUGAGUAACUUGCUUCAAUCGACAAUGGUAGCAGGGUGUGUUGCAGCAAUGCCUUUCUUGAAAAUGAUCCCAACCUCAGUUCUCUGGGGCUAUUUUGCCUAUAUGGCCAUAGAAAGCUUACCGGGUAACCAAUUCUGGGAAAGGAUUUUAUUGCUCUUCAUAGCUCCAAGCAGAAGACACAAAGUGCUUGAGGAAUGUCAUGCCACCUUUGUUGAGACUGUACCUUACAAAACAAUUGCAGCGUUUACAAUCUUCCAAGCCUCUUACUUGCUUGUCUGUUUCGGGAUUACAUGGGUUCCUAUGGCCGGAGUUCUUUUCCCAUUAAUGAUCAUGCUUCUGGUUCCUGUGAGACAGUACAUUUUGCCCAAGUUUUUCAAAAGUGUUCAUCUUCAAGAUUUAGAUGCUGCCGAGUAUGAGGAAGCACCUGCUUUAUCAUUCAGCCUAGCUGCUGAUGGGGACAUAGGAAGAACAGCUUCGUUUGCUGACAAUGGAGAGGUGUUUGAUGGCAUGAUUACUCGAGGCAGGGGUGAGUUCAGGCGUAUGUGCAGUUUCAGGGUGUCAAGUUCCGGUUCAACACCAUCAAAGGAAUUCAGACGUGUGCAGAGUCUGGUGACAAGCUCCACAGCAACAGCGUCAAAGGAUUUCAAACGUUUGCAAAGUCUACAGAUUCCACGGCAAUCAGACUUGGUGCAUAGCCCCCGUUCAAGUGAGCUGAGUCCUCGGCUUGGUGGAAGAGGGUCUCCAAGAACCGGAGAACUAAGACAAUCAAAUCUAGGGAAAGGUGGUUAGCAUUGGAAAAAACUCAUUUGUCAAAUGAAAUUUCAAUCACCACUAGCAAGCCUUCGAAAGCGAAAAAAAUAUACAUAGCCAAUGUUUUCUGACUUAAUGAGCCCUUAUUAUUAGGAUGAAAGUUGUCUGAAAAUGCAGCAAGUCUGCUGGACAUUUUUCUAGUCUUCAUUUUUCUGAGCAUGAUGUUUCAUAUUUUCCAAAUGCAUUCAAAGGAUGCUAUUAUUUUGUACCACAACUUAUAUCAAAGGAUGAUUCUAAGUAACAUUUAAUGAUUGGUUUUUAUUC